AUGGCCAAAAUGUUGGGUUUUGAAAACUAUGCCCAGCUCAGCUUGGCAUCCAAAAUGGCACCAAGUGUGGAUUCCGUAACGGAAUUGACCAAUCUCAUGGCUGCCAAAGCGGUUUCAGCUGCCAAAAAGGAUUUAGAGGAAAUCACUGCAUUAGCGCGUGAAAAAGGCGGAGACGAGUUGAAAACCGUGGAAGAGCUGAUGCCAUGGGAUACUACAUUUUGGAAUCGAUUGUUCAACAUUGAAGUCAAAGCUGCGGAUGGGGAUGCAGAAGUUUGGCAUCCAGAUGUUCAAUUCUUCAAGAUCUUGGAUAAGGACUCGGGGAAGCACCUUGCGAGUUUCUUCUUGGACCCAUACUCACGACCGGAAAACAAGCGUGGCGGUGCGUGGAUGGCUGAUUGCAUUGGAAAGUCUGAAGCAACGAAUCGUGAAAUUCCAGUUGCGUACUUGACCUGCAAUGGCUCCCCACCUGUGGGCAAGACACCUUCGCUUAUGACAUUCAGAGAAGUUGAAACACUGUUUCACGAAUUUGGGCGCGGACUUCAGCACAUGUUGACUUCUGCAACCGUUGGUGAUGUUGCCGGGAUCAACGGCGUGGAGUGGGAUGCAGUUGAACUCCCAUCGCAAUUCAUGGAAAACUGGUGCUAUGAUCGCCCAACGGUCUAUGGAUUUGCCAAACACUGGGAAACAGGCGAGCCUCUGCCGGAAAAGAUGUUUCAAAAGUUAUGCGAUCAAAAAAUAUUUAACGCUGGUAUGAUGGCUUGUCGCCAACUAUACUUUGGCCAGAUGGAUAUGGAACUUCAUUCUGAAACUUUCGAUUCCAAAGCGGCUCAGAAGGGAGAGGGAAGGACCAUUUUUGAUGUGCAGAAAGAGAUUGCCGCAAAGUACGUUCCACAUUCGAUGCCACUCGAAGAAGAUCGUUUUCUCUGUGCCUUUGUGCACAUCUUUGCUGGUGGAUACUCGGCUGGAUACUAUUCCUACAAGUGGGCUGAAGUUAUGAGCGCAGAUGCCUUUGGAGCCUUUGAGGAUGUAGGUUUGGAUAAUGAAGAAGGAAUUCAGAGAGUUGGAAGGAAAUUCCGCGAUACGGUGUUGUCCUUGGGUGGAGGUGUGCCUCCUAUGGAAGCUUUCAAGGAGUUCCGAGGGAGGGAACCAACACCAGAUGCGCUUCUUCGUCAUAGUGGCUUGGCUUGA